CCCAAUUGCCACGGAUCUGGCCGCCCCUGACGCACCCAACCUUCCUUGGCUCCUGCUCGAGCCUCGAGUUACUGUCCAACAUGGGCCUUUGUAUGAGUGCCAGCAGUGAGGAGGCGGAGCUCAAGAAAAUCAGUCAGAAAAUUGACAAGGAGCUCGAGGAGGACUCCAAGAGGUUACGGCGAGAAUGCAAGAUCCUGCUGCUCGGCUCCGGCGAGAGCGGCAAGUCGACGAUCGUUAAGCAGAUGAAAAUCAUACAUUUGAAAGGAUACUCCGAGGAUGAGCUCUACAACUACCGACCCACCGUGUUUAAGAACCUGAUCGAAUGCGCAAAAGCCGUCAUCCAUGCCAUGCAACAGUUCGAGAUCGAGCCCGUGAUAGAGGAGAACAAGCCGUGCUGCCAGUUCAUCCUCAAUUACACCGUCGAAUCAGGCCCCCAGGCCAUGAUAGAUCCAAAGGUCGGAGAGGCAGUAAGGUCAAUAUGGAACGACCCUGCCAAGGACCUGUUGAUGGAACGGCAGACCGAGUUUUACUUGAUGGACUCGGCCGAGUACUUCUUCCAGGAGGCCGAGAGGAUCGUCAGGCCCGACUACCUCCCCAACGAGAUGGAUGUAUUACGUGCCAGAACAAAAACAACCGGUAUCUACGAGACAAGGUUCCAAAUGGGGCAGUUGAGCAUACACAUGUUCGAUGUUGGAGGGCAAAGGAGUGAGCGCAAGAAGUGGAUUCACUGCUUUGAAAACGUCACGUCUAUCAUAUUCUGCGUGGCGCUAAGCGAGUAUGAUCAGGUCUUACUCGAAGAGAGCAGCCAGAACCGCAUGAUGGAGAGCCUGCUCUUGUUCGACUCGGUCGUUAACUCGAGAUGGUUUAUGAGGACCAGCAUCAUCCUCUUCCUGAACAAGGUGGAUAUCUUCAAGCAGAAGCUCUCCAGGUCACCACUAGGGAAUUACUUCCCAGACUACUCCGGCGGCAAUGACGUCAACAAGGCUGCCAAAUACCUUCUCUGGAGAUUCAACCAGGUCAACCGCGCUCACCUGAAUCUCUAUCCUCAUCUGACGCAGGCGACAAACACCUCAAACAUCCGUCUGGUCUUCGCUGCUGUGAAGGAGACCAUCUUAAAUAAUGCCCUCAAGGAUUCUGGUAUUCUGUGAAUGUCCUGAGGUUACGGUUCAUUCGGCGCUUUCACGGUUUCGAUACCAUUAAUGACUCCCACCGGGGUCUUUUGAGCUGCGAUUAAGAAGAGCAUCACGUGGCGUUUGGGGUACUAACGGUUUUGCUACUGGCGUUGGCCGACCUUCGCUCUCGAUCUUCGCCCUGGGAAUUAGC